UUAGAAAUUGUUCUUUGGUUUGAUAAAAAAGGAAUACUCGAUUAAGAAUGCUUGUUUAUAUGGAUGGAAAUAAGAGACUAUAAUAAUUUUGUAUGUGAGUAUGUUAAAAUUUGAUAUAGAGGGAAGCUCUAUUUUAGAGAUGGUUUAGAAUGGAUUUUAAUUAUAUUUCGUAUUACUUGAUAAUCAUGAUUGUGUAUUAGUGCUAAAAAGGAACUUAUGAAAUGAAAUGGGUAUCUUGUUUUGAAUCCAAAUUGAAAUAAGUUAUUGAUUUGGGUAGAGAUUGAG